GACACCAAGCCUCUUGAAAACGACGCGAUAUUGUGCAUAGGCCUGAAACCUGUAUGAUACAGUGUGAUAAUAUAGCGAAACCAAAGAUAACUGGCGCAUUUCUGAUGAAACUUAACGAACUACUUUGGGAUUAAGACUGAGCAAUCUACAAUCCGUUUCUAAAUAUUCAAAGCUACUUUCUAUCCGAGCACCUGGUGCACUUCUUUUCAUUUGAGAGAAAGAUCAUCGAAUUGAAACUCAGGACUGCGUUGGUCAGGUUCAAUAUUGAGCUUCAUACAGUACUGUUUUCCUGUAUUUGAUCCCGGUGGACCGGCGGCGACCAUGACUCCAUAUCGGGUGCUUCUACUUUUCCUUUCCGCUAUUCUAAAUCUAGCCACAGCUCAAGAUGCUGCUUUCUGGAAUAACCAAGCCCAGACAACACUCCGGAAUGCCUUGAAUCGCGAACAGAACCGAGGCAUCGCGAAAAAUGUCAUCUUCUUCCUAGGAGACGGGAUGGACAUCACGACCUCGACGGCCUCCCGCAUCCUUCGGGGUCAGCUCAAUGGAGAGACUGGUGAGGAGGAUUCUCUGAUCUGGGAUACCUUUCCCCAUGUGGCCCUGUCAAAGACAUACAAUACGGAUCAACAAAUUGCGGACUCUGCGGGGACUGCGACUGCAUUCUUAUGCGGUGUGAAGGCUAAAGCCGGAACACUUGGAAUCGAUGACGGGGCCGAAAGAGGAAAUUGUGCGUCCGUUGCUGGGAGCGAGGUGGACUCUAUUCUCGUUCAAGCGAACCGGGCAGGUAAGGCAACCGGUUUAAUCACCACUGCUCGCAUAACACAUGCGACCCCAGCGGCCGCGUACGCUCACUCACCGGAGAGGGAUUGGGAGUUUGACGGACAGGUGCCCGAUGAGGAGGCUGAUGAUGGCUGUAUCGACAUCGCUAGGCAGCUAGUUGAAGAAAACAACUUUAUUAAUGUCAUUCUUGGUGGCGGUCGUGCGAAUUUUCUUCCCAAUACAACCCUUGACCCCGAGUACGCUGCCGAGAACACGACAGGCUCCCGAAGAGACAGUCGUAAUUUGAUCGAUCAAUGGCUAUCGGAUAAAGCUUCAUUCUCUUCUCAUUACGUAUGGAAUAAAACUGCUUUCGAACAAAUAGAUCCUACAUCAACAGAGUUCCUCAUGGGCCUGUUUGAACCAAGUCAUAUGAGAUACGAGGUUGAAAGAUUGAAUGACACGGCUGGGGAGCCCUCUAUCGUCGAGAUGACUGAAUUCGCAAUCAACUUGUUAAGCAAACGUGAUGAAGACGGAUACUUCCUUAUGGUAGAAAGUGGACGGAUAGAUCACGCACAUCAUGACAGCGUUGCAUACAAGGCACUAACCGAUACUAUCGCCUUCCAUGAAGCUGUUGAAAGAGCCGUCGAGAUGACGGAUAGUGCCGAUACUCUCAUUGUGGUAACCGCGGAUCACGGACAUGCCUUUACCAUAGGCGGGUAUGCGAGCAGAGGAAAUCCGAUAUUUGGUUACGAUGAUUGGGGGAAUGGAACUGAUGGUAAACCCUACUUGACAUUAUCUUACGCCAGCGGUCCAGGCGGUAUUCGUCUUGCAGAGAGCUACAUCAAUAACGGAGAACGACCAAACCACGUCAAUUCAGAUUACAAUUCAAAAGAUUUCGUUCAAGAUGCGACAGUUCCACUGAAUUACGAACCACACGGGGGUGCUGACGUAGCAAUUUACGCGCAUGGUCCCUGGGCCCAUCUGUAUCACGGUACACAAGAGCAGAACUACAUUCCGCACGUCAUUCGAUACGCAGCAUGUUACGGGGAUAGCCAGGAGAACGCGUGCACACGCGCAACGGAAGAACCACCGAUGUGUACGGGGAGUGCGCAUCCUACCGCUCAUGCGUCUUGCGCGUCGCUUAUUUUGUUGUUGAUGUAUCUUAUAAUGAUCAUGUUUGAGAUUUAAUUAAAAGAAAAUAGCUAUAAGAAAAACAAAGCAAAUCCCUCAAAACAGGUCACAAGUAGGUUCUCAGUAUUACAUCUUCCGCACGAUCAUAGUGAAAUAGGCCUAUAGAGUAGGCUCGCCAGCGACUUUUUCUUCGUCAUUACUUGUGCAGACGACACGAGAGGGCUGUUUUAAGGGCUUUGAAUCAGACUUCAAAUCUUAGACUUAUAUUAGAUUUUUACCUCUUUGAAAAAUCGUUCUAGUCGAGACUCGAACCUGCAUCAAUGAACACGACUGCAGGAUUGGCUUACUGAUUGAGCCACACCAAUCGAGCUACUCAUUGGGUCGGAAAUUGCGCUAUUUCUUAAAUUUUCGUGUCGCUAUGAAUAUUCAUGAGGCGUAUAGUCUGACCAAAUAAAAGCUAUACAGACAGAAAUACAUUUUGCGUAAAGUAUUACAUGGCGUAGAAUCAGGCAUUCCUGAAUGGAUUAUGCUUUUUUUAAUCAAACAGAAAACACCCCACCCAUAAAAACCCUAAACAAAUAAGAAAUAGCCUUUGAAAGCAAAAAAAUCUGAAGAGCAGACCUUUUUGAAAAAAAGAUAAAUAUUGCAUCACGCAGAGCCUUUACACCGCUCGUUUACUCACAUGCAGCAAUUG